AUGCUAUUGCCUGGAGAAGGCGAUCUAGAAGGUGAGCUAGAAGAAGUGUCACUGGAAGACAAUCCAGAAUACGCUGCUUUGUCUUACUCUUGGGCUUUGGCGAAUGGCGACGAUAGCAAGUCUGGAAUUAUACGUCUACAUUGCAACUGUUCAUACGAUGACUCCAUCCACGAUAAAGAGGUCGGCAUCACGCGCAAUCUAUCGAAGACCACGAAACCCCUGUCCUUGUGGAUCGAUGCCCUCUGUAUCAAUCAAAAUGACCCGAUGGAGCGGCAACAGCAGGUGGUGUCUAUGGCACAGAUCUACAGUAAAGCAAGCCUUGUCAUUGUGUGGAUUGGCAAUGAUCUCGACGGCGAUGAAGCAUUGGCGGCCGAGAUGAUCAGCGAAGUCAAAAAUCCAAAAGCAGCGGCAGAACUUGGCGAUGGAAUCAUGCAUCUCACCAAUGCUUUCGAAAGCUUGCUGGUGCAACGGUACUUUCGAAGGCGAUGGAUCGUCUAG